AUGAACACUAUGGGGGGUAGUAUUGGAGAAGGUAAAGAUGACACCUGGAAGCCUUACACUAUGGAAAUGAGAACCUCCAAUACUGAGAAGGUAAACAAUUUUAUCGCCUCUCUUCCCCCAAACCUUUCAGAAAAAAAUAAACAUUCCAGAAAGUUGCAGUUUAUGGCUGAAAAUGGCAUCCGACAGUUAGGUCUCCCAAGGAUUGGGCAUUUUGCAGACAAGUUAAGGCCAGAACCCAUGCACUGUGAGAUCAAUGCCUGACAGCAUUAUAUUGAUCUCCUAUAUUUAGAGGCAGUAAGAAGAGGAAAGUUUGAUCCUUUUGUUUCUGCCCUGGCAGCACCUAUAGGGAAUAGAGAUGGAGAUGUUAAGGAGGGACAACCCCAAAAGACUCUUUUGAGGGUUUCUGAUAUAGACAGUGUUGGGGAGCGUGCUAGAAAGCAGGAAAUGUUGCAGAAAUCAGAGGAGGGCCUAAAACAAUACCUGCAGAAGACAGGUUUUCCUCAUGUAAGGCAUGCAACAGGUGAGGGGGGGUGUGGACUGGGAUACUUGGCUUCAAGAGUAAAAGAACAUUUUAGUGAUGAAACUAACAGGUAUAACAAGUUACCAGUUAGGCUUAUUGGCAAUCAAGCUAUUGCAUUAGCUCGAUAUUACUACCGUUUAGUUGACACUUUAGAAAGUGAAGAUGAAACUGAGGCACAAACAAUCCAACGACUAGCUCUUAGCAAGAUAGGUGAGUAUCUGAGGAAUGCUGGGGGGCUUUUUAAUAGAAUAGAGACCAAUUCUGCUCAGGUUGCAGAACUAAAAGAAAUGUGUAGUAUGUAUUUUAACCUGAUGUCUUUGUUUUUUUCAUCCAGUGUUAAUGUCACAACAUGA